AUGGCCGAUUAUUCGGUCUACCAAAGGGGAGCCGGCCAAACAUUCUAUCCGCAACACACCACAAACAUUCGAACCCUUCCCAGCCGCGUGCGCUCUCCCUCUACCACCGCCCGUAUACCCUUCAGCAACCCCGACACCCCCUCUCCCUCGCGCUCGCCCGGACGCCAGCAGUCCCCUCAGCAUUUCGGCAUGUUCAACCAGCAACAUGGUCACCAGGCCCAGCACGUCAUGAUGAACGGGCGCAACACCCACCAAAACUACGCCAUGCAGAUGAACCUGGCCAACAAGACGUUCCCGCACAACCAGAAUCAUCAGCACCACGCACAACACCACCAGCAGCACCAGGACCACACGGGCGGCGCCCAUGGCGGACAGUACAACCACCAGCACAACAUCUCGAGCGGCGCCAUGUCCAACGCGCAGCCCCACUUCGGCCAGGCUCACCUGCAGAACGGCACCCCGAACAGCGUCCACAGCGGGCUCAGCAAGCCGCCAAACGAGCACUGGGCAGAGCAGCUACGGCUCGCGCAAACAGCGCGAGAGAUGACGCAGUCACACUCCCACGCCAGGAUCCACCCAAGUGUGAGCAAGAGUGUUGUCGCGGGAACGGGCAGUGGCUUGUCAAAAGAGCCAGACAAGGAAGAGCGCAACAGGCCCGCAGUUGGCGGUGCGGCCGAUGGCAAAGGAGACCAUAUCUGGACCAUCUUGGACUUUGGUGGCCAGAACCUCAAAGUCAUCACGCCUGCGCUGUUCAACUACGCGUUCCUCACGAAGCUUUACGUCAAUUGCAACAAGCUCUCGUAUAUCCCCCAGAGCAUCGGACAUCUGCGGAACCUCACGCACCUUGAUCUGUCCCUCAACAAUCUGCAAUACCUGCCCCCAGAGAUGGGAAUGCUCGUCAACUUGAAGCAGCUCCUUCUUUUCGACAACCACCUCGACAACCUCCCAUACGAACUUGGCUCUCUAUUCCAGUUGGAAGUGCUCGGCAUAGAAGGCAACCCAAUACCGGACGACCUGAAGCAGAUCAUUAUGGAACACGGAACGUCAGAGCUGAUCAAGCACUUCCGAGAAAACUCGCAAGGUCCAGAGGCGCCCUCUGAGCGAGACUGGAUCGUACUUGACGAGAUCCAAGAUCCAACCCAAGAGACUGUCACCGCAUUGAGCUACAACAUUCUCUGCGACAAGUACUGUACCACCGCCCAGUAUGGCUACACGCCCAGUGCAGCGCUUUCGUGGGAGAACCGCCGGGAAACUAUUUUGGGCGAACUGCGAGAACGAAAUGCGGAUAUAGUAUGUCUGCAGGAAAUCGAUCAGGACAGUUUCAACGAAUACUUCCGCGAAGGCCUGGCCCACAACGACUACAAGGGUGUCUUUUGGCCCAAGUCCCGAGCUCGAACGAUGGCAGAUAGAGAAGCUAAGCUUGUCGAUGGCUGUGCUAUCUUCUACAAGAACAGCAAAUACAUCUUGUUAGACAAGCAGCUUAUCGACUUUGCCAAUACUGCCAUCAACCGACCGGAUAUGAAGGGAGAGCACGACAUCUUCAACCGUGUCAUGCCUCGUGACGACAUCGCCGUCAUUGCUUUCCUCGAGAACCGUGCUACUGGCUCCAGGUUCAUCGUCGGAAACGUCCACGUCUUCUGGAACCCAGCAUUCACCGACGUCAAGCUCGUGCAAGUUGCCAUCUUGCUGGAAGGCAUCAAGAAUUUUGCCAACCGAUGGGCCAAGUUCCCUGCUUGCAAAGACAAGGUUGUGUACCGAUUCACAAAUGGCGAUAGCGAAGACGGCAAGGAACCAGAUCCUACGCAGGAGCCAGGGCCCUCGAUGGAGUACUCAGAUGGAACACAGAUUCCGCUCAUCCUUUGUGGUGAUUUCAACUCCCUGCCUACGUCUGGUAUCUACGACCUCAUCACAACUGGCAGCAUGUCCAAUGUGCAUGACGAUCUCGGCAGCCGGAAAUACGGCAACUUCACCAGGGACGGAAUCUCUCAUCCCUUCAGUCUCAGGUCCAGUUAUUCCUCGAUCGGGGAGUUGUCGUUCACCAACUACACUCCCAGCUUUGUGGGUGUUCUGGACUACAUCUGGUACUCGACAAACACGCUGCAGGUCGUAGGACUGCUGGGCGACAUCGACAAGAGCUACUUGCAGCGAGUGCCCGGAUUCCCCAACUACCACUUCCCUAGUGACCAUAUCGCAUUAUAUGCACAGUACAUUGUCAAGGGUCGCAAGGAAGCGAAGAAGGUAUCGGAAGUCGACUUUGGACCGAGCUCAAACCGGGACCGGAGAUCCUGA